UCUGCUGUGAAGACACCUCUGAAACACCCAAGAACCAAGACUUGAGGCAGCACAGGCUUUUGGUUUUUUUUGGAGUUCACUUCCACUGAAGUGAAAUGGCAUCCAUUUAUAAAAGUUUAGUAGUGUUAGGAGUGAUUUUCAUUUCACCUGUUGUAAUAUCAGCACUGUUUUUGGGCAGGCUGUUCUAUGACUUUCUCCAUUCAGAACUGCCACCUGGAAUUGACCAACCUCUGAAGCUUUACUUUUACCACUCGGUGCUGAUUACUUCCAUGGUGUUGGGAAAGAUUUUGGAGAAGCUAGGGAUCUGCAGUGAUUUAAGCUUAUUACGACUUGUGGUAGAUGGAAUACCACCAUGGAGAGAUUCAGAACUUCUUAUCAAAGACCUCAAAGUAGAUGAGGUACCACUGAGGAUUUAUCAGCCCAAGUGGCCACCUACUGGCAAAAGAAGAGGAAUACUGUAUUUUCAUGGAGGAGCUGGCACAUUUGGGAGCAUCAGAGCCUUUGAAAGAAUAUGCCGCUAUAUUGCCAAAAAAUGCAACUCAGUGGUUGUGUCCGUGGGCUAUCGCCUGGCUCCUGAACACCCAUAUCCCGGGCAAUAUUUUGAUUGUCUCAAUGCUACCUUAUACUUUAUGAGGAGUUUAGAUGAGUAUCACGUGGAUCCUUCUCUCAUCAUCCUUGGCGGUGACAGCUGUGGAGCUAAUUUUGCUACGGUAAUUUGCCAAAUACUGGUGAAUAAAAAAGAUCUCCCAAAAGUACGUGCACAGAUCUUGUUCUAUCCAGGACUACAGGGGCUAAAUUUUCAAUUGCCUUCCUAUCAGCAGAAUGCGUCAGUGCCCAUAUUGUCCCGUAAGCUAGUCAUCUACUUAUGUUUUCGUUACCUUAAUAGAAAACCAUCAUAUGUGGAAGAUAUCAUACAAAACUGCCAUGUUCCAGAGAGCAUGAAAUGGAAAUACAAAAAAUGGAUAAGUGCUGACAAUAUUCCUGAUAAAUUUAAGAUUAGAGGCUACAAACCUCAGAAGCACACUUUAUAUAAACCUGAAGUCCACGAAGCAAUCAAAGAGCUGUUAGCAAUGACAUUUUCCCCCCUUUUAGCUGAAGAUGCCAUCAUUUGCCAGCUCCCUGAAUCCUACAUUGUGACCUGUGAGUUUGAUGUGCUUCGAGAUGAUGGUCUGUUAUACAAAAAGCGAUUAGAGGACAAUGGCAUUCAAGUAACCUGGUAUCAUUCUGAGAGUGGUUUCCAUGGAAUUUUAGCAUUUUUUGGCUACGGGAUUUUUUCCUUUUUAUCUGGAAAAAAGAUAAUGGAUAAUACUGUGAAUUAUAUAAACAGCCUAUAA